AUGGAAAUCCAUUCAACACCGACCACUCUGGGAAGCGUCCAUUCAACACCCCCCGAGGCCACAACUGAAGAUCCCAUUCAUACGACCACAACUGAGAUCCAUUCAACAACGACCACAAACUUGAAGUCCAUCCAACAAAGCACCACCCAUCUGAAGAUCCAUCCCCCAACCGACCCCAUCUACAACAACCACAACCCGACGACCUCAACAACCACAACCCCAAUAACCACAUCUACAACGACUACGUCUACAGCAACUACAUCCCCCACAACCACUCCAAAACCAAAAACAAAGAAAGAGGUCCUGGAGGAGACGGACACUGUCCUUCAAAACAUCAAUAGUACCCUCCAAGAGUUCCAGGAUGCUCUGACAAGCGCUGAAGCUACAACAACAACUCCAAAGCCUGUGAGUUCGACUGAAACCAGCAGGCUGCAACGAGAGGACCUUCGGCGACCCCUCAUCGAUCUCCUGCACUUCAAGAUUGUAUUAGCUGAGGCUGAGGAAAGUAGAGGUAUCUGCGUAGAAAACGCUGAUCCAAAGUGCAAAGCUCUGGAGAAGACGCUUAAUGAUAUAGAUGACCAGCUCCAGAUUCUGAAGAAUAAUAUUGACAGCUGGGAUCAGGAAAAUUUGAAAAGCUUGACGUCGCUCAACUCAGACCUCAAUGAUCAAAUGAGCUAUGCUACUACACCAGCGUUCAUUAAUGCUAACCUUGACAAAACUGAAACAAACAGGAGACUGGAAAGUAUGAGACAGAAUGCAGAGGAUGCCCAAAAAGCAGUCCAAGACGAAAUUGGCUCUCUCACAGACGGGGUCAUAUUCGGCGCAGUUUUUGGCACUCUGGGAGGAAUAAUUCUUGUCGCCCUCAUCGCUAACAUAGCCUUCAGGGCCAUCAAAAACAACAAAAACAAGAAGAACAAGGAAUACAACAAGAUAUCCACAGCAAGCAUGCCUGUUGACGGAUUCCCUCGCGAUCAAGACAACCUGGGUUAUUUGGACAAUGAAUCAGCGAGACCCAGAGGCAACAUCUAUCCCAUGCAGAAUUUCAGCAGGCCUGCACCUCUGGCCAGAGAUCCCUACAGACAUCCAGAAAAGAAACCAGUGGAAGACCUCUGCCAAGAGCUCCCUACAACUCCAGAAAGAACCAGUGGAAGACCUCUCUGCCAAUCCCUCAUUGUCCAGGAGCCCUAA